AUGCAGUCACUUGUUAAUUCUAGUAUAACACCUCUACUAAAUACCCCGGGUCCAUUUAAUGAAUUUCCUGGAGAAUUCAGUCCUCUAGAAGCGGUCAAAGCUUUAAAGGAAACAAGAGUGCUAAUGAUUGGAGCCGGAGGUUUGGGAUGUGAGAUCCUCAAGAACUUAGUUUUCACAGGAUUUCGCAAAAUCGACAUUAUCGAUAUGGACACAAUUGACGUCUCAAAUUUGAAUCGGCAGUUUCUUUUCAGAGAAAGCGACAUAGGCAAAUCUAAAGCAGAGGCUGCAGCUGCGUUUCUCCGACGCAGAAUUAAAGAUGAAUCAUUGGAAAUUACUUCACAUUUUUGUGCCAUUCAAGAAAAAGACCAGAGCUUUUACCGUCAAUUUUCUGUGGUAAUUUGUGGUCUAGACAAUGUCGAGGCUCGUAGAUGGAUCAAUGCACUUUUGGUGGGCAUGGUAGAUUCAGCUCUAAAUAAUCUUAUUCCAAUGGUUGAUGGCGGGACUGAGGGAUUCCGUGGACAAUCAAGGGUGAUCAUUCCCACGGUAACUUCAUGUUUCGAGUGUUCUCUAGAUAUGCUCUCUCCUAAACUCACAUACCCUGUUUGUACCAUAGCAAAUACGCCGCGCUUACCUGAACAUUGCAUAGAGUGGGCAAGUCAGUUGGAGUGGCCAAGACGCUUCGGGGAUCGAAAAUUCGACGCGGAUAUCCCCGAAGACGUCGAUCUUAUGCAUAGUAUAGCCCUUGCACGCGCCAAAGAGUUUGGAAUCGCAAACGUCACUAGGAGUCUCACCUUGGGUGUGGUGAAAAAUAUAAUACCUGCAAUUGCAUCCACAAACGCCAUAAUCGCUGCAUCUUGUUGCAAUGAGGUGUUCAAGCUUGUGACAAGCUGCAACCCCGUACUAGAUAACUACAUGAUGUAUUCCGGAGAUGAGUCUAUCUUCACAUACACAUAUGCACAUGCAAAGAAGGCUAAUUGUCCAGUGUGCGGUACUGAAGUCAGAGCGAUAUCCGCUUUGCGCUGGUGGACUCUACGGAAUCUCAUUGACGUACUCAAGACCAAGCAAGAGUUUUUGUUGAAGCUGCCGUCGGUUGCAAAAGCUGACAUCCCAUUGUAUAUCGCCCUGCCUGAGCACUUGAGGCUCCUGACGGAGAACAAUUUGAAUAUGAAGCUAAUAGACUUGGUGUCUCCUGGAGAGGAAGUUGUUGUCACUGACGCAAAUCUCCCAAUUUCGAUGAGAUUGUUAGUCAGCAAAUACGAUGGACCUGAUGUCGAACCCCAGGAUAUAAGCUCUUUAUUGAAGUCGUGA